AAAUUACCUUAUCCAACCAACACAUUUCAGAUUCAUUAUCUCAGUUUCAACAGCUUCAACAACAACAUCAACAUCAAAAUGGACGGUCUGAUAAAGGACUUGGUCGAUCUUGCUAUCGGUGGUGCCGAUCACAACGAUCGCCAAGAAGAACACGGUGAACGCUCCUGGGCCGACCUUGUCUCCGGCGAUCAGGAUCAGGAUCAGCCUCGUCCUCAUCGGCAGCAGCAGCAGCAGCAACAACAGACACAGUGGUCCAACUCACCCGAAAAGGAAGAACGGUGGGAAGAAGAUAGUCACAGUUAUACCAACAGGCCCCAUCAGGCAGUAUAUCGUCCUCAGCAUGAGGAGAGCCAAUCUCAAAAUUUCAACACUGGCCACAAGGUGAAAGAAGAUCAAGAUGAAUGGCAGACAGUUGGCAAACCUUCAAGGAGACCACAAAAGGUUAUUGAAGAUCAAGAUGGAUGGCAGACUGUUGGAAAUCCUCCAAGGCGGACACAAAAGGUUCCGAAGGAAACUUGGCAGAACUACAAACGACCUUCUGAGGAGCAAGAAUACUCUAAUGAGGUUGAAAUCGGUGCUGGUUUGAAUCCCUCAGAAGAUGAACUUGCUGAUCUAUCAAAAGCUUGUGACAAACUCUGGGAUCUUGAUUUAAAUCGGUUGGUACCUGGCAAAGACUAUGAAAUUGACUGUGGUGAAGGGAAAAAGGUUUUCCAAAACGAAGAUAUGGCAGAGGGGAGCUUGUUUACUUGGGUUAGUGAUGAUGUAUUCAGAAGGCCUACAUUUGCUCGUUUUCUCUCGCUGCUAGAUAAUUACAAUCCAAAUGAAGGAUGUAAGGAAGUUGUCACAUCCGAAGAGAGACAAGAGCAAGCUUCUUUCAUAGAAGAAAUCAGUAGAACAGCACCAAUUAAAUAUCUUUACAAUUAUCUUGCAUCUAAGGGAAUUGCAUCAGGGAGUUACCAAGAUUUCAAACGAAUGAUGACCAAUCUAUGGUUUGACCUUUAUGGCCGUGGUGGCACUUCUGGCUCCUCUUCUUCUUUUGAACAUGUUUUUGUUGGAGAAAUCAAACAAAGUGGCGAAGUUUCUGGCUUCCAUAACUGGCUGCAGUUUUACCUUGAAGAAGAAAAGGGGAGAGUUGAUUAUCAGGGCUAUAUUUUCCCCCGUCGACGGGGAGAAACUCCUGAUUCGGAAACGCAGCUUCUAACUGUUCAGUUUGAAUGGAAUGGUGUUCUGAAAUCUUUAUCAAGCACUUUGGUUGGAGUGAGCCCUGAAUUUGAAAUUGCUUUAUAUACCCUGUGUUUCUAUGUUGGUAGGGAGGAUAACCACAUUCAACUCGGUCCAUAUCCAGUUAAUAUCAAGUGCUAUCGUUUUGGCAAUAAGAUUGGAUCUGUUUUCCCCAUUGCAGAGUCUUGAAUUUUCAGUUUCCAGCAACGAUAAUAUUUGUUCCCAAUGUAAUCGUUUGUUGUACGAUUGAGAACUUAUAGUUCAUGGUUGUACUGUACAAGGUAGCGCAUUAUUUACAGCAGUGCAUACAUUAUUGAAGAACUAUUUUAUUUCAAUCAGCCCUUAAGGAUAUGCUAUUAUUAUGUGUUAUUAA